AUGUACUUCUUUACGUUAGCUGCUCUACUGCUUUUUAGCAGUAGAUUGAUCGCAGCACAGAAUGCAGCAGCCGCAGCCGCAGCCGCAGUUACACCAACGACCACUGAGACUGGAUUUACAACUUGGACUGGUACAAUUUCAUCGACUGUCACCACUAAGUUGAUCACAACCACAGGUGCCAAGGGUUCUCCUCUUGUCAUUGAAAGCUUCCUAGUUGCUACUCCACCAGCUCCAACUACCACUGAGACUGGAUUCACAACCUGGACUGGUACCGUUCCAACCACUGUUGCAACUUCUUUGAUCACAACCACAGGUGCUAAGGGUUCUCCUCUAGUUAUCGAGAGUUUCCUAGUUGCUACUCCACCAGCCCCAACCACUACUGAAACCGGAUUCACAACUUGGACUGGUACAAUUUCAUCGACUGUCACCACUAAGUUGAUCACAACCACAGGUGCCAAGGGUUCUCCUCUUGUCAUUGAGAGUUUCCUAGUUGCUACUCCACCAGCCCCAACUACCACUGAGACUGGAUUUACAACUUGGACUGGUACUGUUCCAACUACUGUUGCUACCUCUUUGAUUACUACAACUGGUGCCAAGGGUUCUCCUCUUGUCAUUGAGAGUUUCCUAGUUGCUACUCCACCAGCCCCAACCACCACUGAGACUGGGUUCACAACUUGGACUGGUACAAUUUCAUCGACUGUCACCACUAAGUUGAUCACAACCACAGGUGCCAAGGGUUCUCCUCUUGUCAUUGAGAGUUUCCUAGUUGCUACUCCACCAGCCCCAACUACCACUGAGACUGGAUUUACAACUUGGACUGGUACUGUUCCAACUACUGUUGCUACCUCUUUGAUUACUACAACUGGUGCCAAGGGUUCUCCUCUUGUCAUUGAGAGUUUCCUAGUUGCUACUCCACCAGCCCCAACCACCACUGAGACUGGGUUCACAACUUGGACUGGUACAAUUUCAUCGACUGUCACCACUAAGUUGAUCACAACCACAGGUGCCAAGGGUUCUCCUCUUGUCAUUGAGAGUUUCCUAGUUGCUACUCCACCAGCCCCAACUACCACUGAGACUGGAUUUACAACUUGGACUGGUACUGUUCCAACUACUGUUGCUACCUCUUUGAUUACUACAACUGGUGCCAAGGGUUCUCCUCUUGUCAUUGAGAGUUUCCUAGUUGCUACUCCACCAGCCCCAACCACCACUGAGACUGGGUUCACAACUUGGACCGGUACUGUGCCAACCACUGUUGCUACCUCUUUAAUUACUACAACUGGUGCUAAGGGUUCUCCUCUAGUUAUCGAGAGUUUCCUAGUUGCUACUCCACCAGCCCCAACCACCACUGAGACUGGGUUCACAACUUGGACUGGUACAAUUUCAUCGACUGUCACUACCAAAUUGAUUACUACAACCGGUGCUAAGGGCUCUCCUCUAGUUAUCGAGAGUUUCUUGGUGGCUACUCCACCAGCCCCAACUACCACUGAGACUGGGUUCACAACUUGGACUGGUACUAUCCCAACUACUGUCGCAACUUCUUUGAUCACAACCACAGGUGCUAAGGGUUCUCCUCUAGUUAUCGAGAGUUUCCUAGUUGCUACUCCACCAGCCCCAACCACCACUGAGACUGGGUUCACAACUUGGACCGGUACUGUGCCAACCACUGUUGCUACCUCUUUAAUUACUACAACUGGUGCUAAGGGUUCUCCUCUAGUUAUCGAGAGUUUCCUAGUUGCUACUCCACCAGCCCCAACCACCACUGAGACUGGGUUCACAACUUGGACUGGUACAAUUUCAUCGACUGUCACUACCAAAUUGAUUACUACAACCGGUGCUAAGGGCUCUCCUCUAGUUAUCGAGAGUUUCUUGGUGGCUACUCCACCAGCUCCAACGUCUAUCACCUGGGAUUUCACUAGAGGUACUAACGUUGUUAAGACCACAAUUUCAACAGCCUUUAUUACAACCACUGCCAAGGAUGGGUCUCCAUUGGUUGUCGAGAGUUUCUUGGUUGCUGUACCAGCAACUACUACUAGUGCUGAAACUGAUUUCACUACCUGGACUGGUACUGUCCCAACCACCGUUGCAACUAAGUUGAUUACUACAAUUGGUGCUAAGGGUUCUCCUCUUGUCAUUGAGAGUUUCCUAGUUGCUACUCCACCAGCCCCAACUACCACUGAGACUGGAUUCACAACCUGGACUGGUACUGUUCCAACCACUGUCACCACUAAGUUGAUCACAACCACAGGUGCCAAGGGUUCUCCUCUAGUCAUUGAGAGUUUCCUAGUUGCUACUCCAGAAGUAGAUUCCACUGAGACUAGCUUCACAACUUGGACCGGUACUGUGCCAACCACUGUUGCCACUAAGUUCAUCACAACUAAGAUGCCAAGGGUUCUCCUCUAG